AUGGGUACAACACAUUCUUUUAUUUUGCUUGAUUGUGAUAAGAGGUUGGAUUUAAAGUUAUCUUCUAUGGUGAGAAGUAUGGUUAUUGAUACCCCAACCAAUGGUUCAAUAACUACUUCAUUGGCGUGUUUGAAAUGUCCAUUGACUAUUUAUGAUAAGAGUUUUGCGAUGGACCUAGUUUGUCUACGGUUGAGUCAACUUGAUGUUAUCCUUGGAAUGAAUUGGUUGGAUUUCAAUCAUGUUCGUAUCACCUGUUUCGCCAAGACGGUGGUGUUUCUAGAGGUGGGCGGAGAUGGAAAGUUGAUGUUUAUAUCUGCUAAGCAAGUAGAAAAAUUCUUGAAAGAGGAGACACAUGUGUUCACUAUGUUUGCUACUUUGGGAAUUGAGAAUAAAGUUGUGAUGGAAGAGUUACCAGUUGUGUGUGAUUUUUCCAAAGUGUUUCCUGAUGAUAUCACUGAUUUUUCGCCAGAGCGUAAAAUGGAGUUUUCUAUAGACUUAGUACCUGAUACUAGUCCAGUGUCAUUGGCUCCUUAUAGAAUGUUCGCUUCAAAGCUGAGUGAGCUGAAGAAAUAA